AUGGAUCCACUCCAGGGAUUCAUCCUGCUGCUCUCACUGGCAAGUGGAUGGUGCCAAUAUGCCUCCUUCAGCCAAAGCCCCUCUGAGAUCUCAGUGUCUCUCGGACAGAUGGUGGCUCUGGAAUGUGCUGUGGCAAACGUCUCAGCGGACAAGGUCAACGUCAACUGGAUCCGGCAGAGCCCUGGACAGAAACCUGAAGGGGUGUUGCUCUUCAAAACGGAUCUGUCCAUUUACCGAGCUCUGGGGAUCCCAGAGCAAUAUGUUUCCUCCAGAGACGCCUCCAACAAGAAGUUCCUGCUAACCAUCCGCGAUGUCCAGGAAGGAGAUGACUCCAUCUAUUUCUGCUUUGCCUAUUAUGGUUCAGCUGGAGUCCAGACGUGGGAAGAGGGGACCCGCGUGCAUGUGUUGAGGAGUAAUCUGCCCCAGCCCCGAAUCCAGCUGUUCCCUCCAGCCCAGGAGGAACUUGCCACCGGCUUUGCCACCCUGACCUGCCUGGUGAGCAGCUUCUUCCCUGGCUACAUCGAUGUGCUGUGGAUGCGAGACUCCCAGGCCCAGGCCCAGGCCCAGGGGGUAAGAAUAGGGCUCGUGGCACUGGGAGAGGACAAGACCUACUCGGUGAGCAGCUAUCUGACGCUGCCAGACAGUGAGUGGGGCUUGGAUGCCAGCUACAGCUGUGUGGUCAAGCACGAAUCGCUGGCAUCUGCGCUGGAGAAGAACAUCAGUGCCAAGGACUACAAAAGACAAUAG